AUGGCUAAGCAUCAUCCAGAUCUCGUAAUGUGCAGGAAGCAGCCUGGCAUUGCUAUCGGCCGCCUCUGUGAAAAGUGCGAUGGGAAAUGUGUUAUUUGCGAUUCCUAUGUCCGACCGUCAACUUUGGUGAAGAUUUGCGAUGAGUGCAAUUAUGGUAGCUAUCAAGGGAGGUGUGUUAUCUGCGGAGGCACGGGGAUUUCAGAUGCCUACUACUGCAAGGAGUGCUGCCAGUGCGAGAAGGAUCGCGAUGGGUGUCCGAAGAUCAUCAAUCUGGGCUCAGCCAAGACCGACAUGUUCUAUGAACGGAAGAAAUACGGCUUUAAGAGGAGAUAG